UUCCCGGCUUGUUUCUUAUUCACACAGUCUCGCGAAUCGGCGCGUCUCGUUGGUCGAGCCUGUACGUACACUCUCACGGUCAUCUCCGCGUCCGCUGCGUCCCGCGGACCAAUACGCUAUAUGUAUUACCAUACCUCUCGGCCAUGGCUGACCAUAGACCGGCUUACAAGUGGCCGAGACAUUCGCCUCUCGACCGCGACCAUGAGAGCACUCAACUCGCGACGCACACAGCCCACAACCACCGGUACUACCUUCCGUUUCUUCCCUCGUUUCUCUCUCUUCUGCCUGUUGUUGUUCCUUCUGUUCGUUCUGCGCGUUGUCGAAUCACGUAGCGUGCCGCACGAUGAGGAGGACCGGGCGCAGCUUGACAAACUCUCGCCGAUCGAUAAGGAGGUUGGCGACGUUGGCCAGGUAGAUUCGGGGGACAACGCGCCGGAAGUGGCGCGAGGGAAACUCGAUGCGGGCGACGAUGAAAUUUCGCGAUCGACGAAUCCGAGAAUCGGUCACGAGGAAGAUUCUUCCUCGGUGUUGGAGGAAGGACCCAGUGCGAAGAAGAUGGACGAGACUCGAGCGACCGACGAAGGCGGCGAGGUAAUGAGAAAGGAGACGGAGGAGGUUGGCGUGGUGAAGAAACGCAGAAGAAACGACGUUGCUUUGAUCGGUAAACCCGACCAGGAGGUUCGAGAGAGCCAAGCGGUUCUAGCGGAGCAGGCUAAGGACGAGGGCAUCAGGAGAUUCGACGUGCGAGUGGACGUUGACGGUGCGAUCGACGAGCAGCGGAGUAGAAAGGAACACGAGGAAUCUGAAAUAGCAGUGAAGCUUGAAAAGUCCGAGGUACAUGACCCUGAAGAGAGCCACGCCGAGGAUGGUGAACGAUCGGAGGAGGCACUUCCCGGUUACUAUCGUAAGUCGGGAAAGCUCGAGGGUGACGAUGGCAAGAGCGAGGAGGAGAUCUCGUCGAACGAGAGCUCGGACUCUGAGGAGUCUCACGCGGACAGAGGAUUCAGAUCUCUGGACGAGUCUCAGAGUAAGUCGAAACGCAAGAGUUCCACUGUCUACCUGAACGCGGAGGAGAAGAAGGUGUCCGAUGGAGAGCAGCAGUCGAUCGUCGACGGACAGAUCAGGAAGUUGAUAUCGAUUCGGGACGACGCGCUGGACGCUCAGAGGACCGACAAGAUAGACGAGGCGCAGGUUCUGAACUUUAAACGGAAGCUAGAGAUGGACGAGGUGGCGUUCACCCAGGAAGGUGUCCACAGCGAGCGAAGGAACAAGGGCGCGAGAGAAAAGUCGGGCAGGGCGCACGACCUUCGUCGAAUCGGCAUCCUGUCGCCGGACUUCGUGGUGUACAGCAUCUUGGCGAACGCUUUGGAAUCGUAUCCGAAGGACGAUACGCUGCCCUCGUACAUCGACCCGAAGAACGACACUCUCCGGAGAUUUCUCACGCCCGGGCAGUUGGCCAUUCUUCAGAUGGCCGAGACGUUCUUGCCGGAAAGCGCGCGGCGAGAGUACUCCGACAAAAUGUUCUCCUGCAUCCGAAGAUUCGAGUAUUACAGCUGCGUCAAGUACUUCGCCUGGCCGUUGGUCAAACAGUAUUUCCCGUCUCUGCCACCUUUCCCGGACUACGAAGGCUGGUAUCCGGUGAUCGACGUGUUUCCGCAGUACCCCAUCAUCCCGUUUCCUGGCUUCUCGGAAGAGUUGGCCGAGUUGCCAGAGGUCGUGGACGCUGACGGUAUCAGAACGAAGACUCUCACGCCGGAAACUCUCAUCAUCCGUGUGCUUCGGAACACUCUGAAGCAACAGCCGUUUGUACCCACCUCCCCGUCUUUCCUCGACGAAUCGAUCGACAGGUAUAUAACUCUGAUACCCGAGGACCAGUUACUAACGAUCAACAUGGCCGAGAAGCUGAUCCCGAUCUCUUAUCGGCCUGAGUUCGUUCAAAGGACCGUCAGAUGUAUGAAGGAGUACAACUACCUCUCCUGCUUCAAGUAUUCCGCCUGGCCGACGGUCAGACACUUCAUCCCGACACUCCCCGAUAUUUUCACUUUCCUGCCAGAGUUCCAGGAUCCGAGACUGUCGGACGUCGGCAGGUACGUUCACGAACUGUCCAGCCAGUCGAACGUCAACUACUACUUGCCGAUCGGAGCAGGGUCAAACUUGGCAGCGAUACCCGAUCGACGAAUUCUGUUAGAAUCUUCGGACGAAUUGGAGACGCAAGUUCUAGGGACGUUGCAGAGAUUGAGGUAUUCCAACAACGACAGGGAGAUAUCCUCGUUCGUCUUGACGCGGAGCAACAUCGCGUUUACGAAGAGGCAGAUGGAGAUCCUCUGCUUGGCGGAGAGUUUCCUGCCGCAGUCUGCCCGAGCAGAUUUCGCCGUUAACGUUCUUUCCUACCUUAAGACGUACAACAAUUUCAUCGACGGCGCCAGGUACAUCGUGUGGCCAACGAUCGCCAAGUACUUGCCGAACUUGCCGGAGUUUCCACAGUCUGACGUAGCCGGUAUAAAGGAUCGGAUCGAUUUGCCAAACAAUAGGCAAGGUCUGGCCGAGACGAAGGAAGCGUCGAUAAACUCGGAGAUAACGAUACGAGAACGAGUGUCCAACGUAGAGCAAGAGAACAGAGCCAGGGAGAAGGAGUCGCGAAACAAGCUGCCCAACGAGCCAGUGAUCAUCGUGUCGGGCACCAGAUUCGUUCCGAUAUUCGCCGAGCAUCCAGAGUCCGUGAUCUACAAUCUUCUCCGAUCGGUUCAGCUGCAGUCCAUGAAAUCCAGCCCGGCGACCGCCAAUUCCACGUUCAAAACUCCGGAUUUCCUCGAGUUGUUGAGUCAGCAGCAGGUGAACAUAAUAAACAUCGUGGCCAACUUGCUUCCAGAAAACGUUCGACCGGAUUUUGCCAGCAAGCUGCUCGAGUGCCUUCGCAACGAGACGUUCCUCGUGUGUGCCAGGGACGUAAUCUGGCCGGCGAUCUCGGAGUACUUCUCGCUGCCGAAUUUCCCGAAUUUCGGGAUCGUGAGCGACACGCAACCCGGUGACCCGCCGCCGACCACGUCGAGCCCUCUCUCGGAAACCGCUGUGAAGACAGGACAACACGGGGACACCACCGUCACUGUCACCGACACCAGGUUCUUCCCGAUUUACAACGACCUGCCGGAAACCAUCAUACUGAACAUUCUCAAGGCCGUUCAACUGUCCAUCCCCAAUUUGCCCGAUUCGGCAGCGCUGGCGAGAACGCAACAGUUCUCGCCGAUUCUGACGGAACAGCAGAUCGUCAUCGUGAACAUCGUCGAGAGCUUACUGCCAGUGUCGACGAGGUCCGAGUACAUCGAGAGACUGGACUCGUGCAUCAGGGAGAGGAACUUCCUGGAGUGUUCCCGAGACGUGACUUGGCCAACGAUCGCCAAGUACUAUCCGUGGUUGCCGAGUUUCCCAAAUUUUGGCACGCUGCAGAACCUGCCACAGGCGUCCACUUCCAACUCCAUCAGGUUCCAAGUGUUUCUCUCGGAGAGACCUUCCAGCUCGGAGGUGCAGGCUCCUCAGAUCGAGUCGAACAAAGAGACCGAAGCGCUGAUGAAAGCAGCCGAGGAGAAGGUAGAGAGCGUCUUGUCGAACAUUCUGGCCGAAACUCCGCAACUAGAGCGAUCGUACUUGAAUCUGUCCGUUCCUGUCGCUUCGAUCUUGAACGGACGACAGGUGAACAUCGUCAGACUGUCGGAGAGGGGUGUGCCAAUCGCAGUUCGCCAGUCCUACGUCGCCAGGAUGCUGGACUGUACAACGCUUUACAACUUCAUAGCCUGCGUGAACAACAUUACCUGGCCAACUUUGAAGCAAUACAAUCAAUCUCUACCCGAGUUUGCCAGCAUCGGCGACCUUGAUCCUGCCAUCAGUAGCGUUCCAAGUAGUUUGCAGAUCCUGAGACUCGUGCCUGUUAACCUGCCUUUGACCAAUAAAACGUCGCAGCACCUCGCGACAUCGAGCUCCCAGGCUUUACGCGUGGAGAGUCGGGAGAACAGAUCGAGAAAUCCAGCGGCCACGCAGUCUCAGCCAGUUGGUGGACGCUCGAGAUCAGUGGAAAAUGUCAAACGUGCAGCGCCACAGGAAAACAAAUCGAGAAACCCAACGAUCACGCCGUCAGUAGAUAACAAAGGACCCGUCCCAGGAUACGCAGGCCAACCGCCAGGCAUUCCCAUAGACCUCUCCGACGAGAAGAUUUACUUCCCCGACAGUCUGAAGAAGAUGACAGAGUGGAAAUCGUCGAGGGUCAAGAGUAGACAACGUAGAAGCGCUAUGGACGUUCUCAAUACUUACUACGACAACGAGGAAGCGGAGGAUAGCUCCGCGUCCUCGUCGUCGUCGCCGGUGACGUUUCCAAACAUCACGGAAUCCGAGUACCUACGGUUGUUGAUCCGAGUGAGAGACAAGUCGAGGCUUUCUAACGCAGGUACUUCCAACGCGAAGCGGUAUCUCGUCGACACGUUGAACUCCACGAUUAGAGAUUCACUGACCGCCGAUCAGUACGAGAUCCUCAAGGUUGUCGACGAAUUGGACGAUCGGCCGUCGAGCAAAGGGCUGACGCAACAGGUUAUACAGUGUCUUCUGAGUCUCAGUUUCAUUCGAUGCCUGGGCAUCUUCAUCUGGCCGCUCGUCGUCAGCAAUUUGCCUUCUUUCCCGAGCUUCGGUGUCUUGGGACGCAUGAACAUGAACGCGGAGAGUCAGGUGCAGGACUUGUUCGGCAUGUCGAGCGCCGAGUUCGAGCGGAGGUUGUUGGAGAGGAAGGAGUCGAUCGAGGGUUUGUUUCUCGACUGGUACAGGAAGCUGUCCGAGGACAAAUUCCAGACGGAUCUGGGAUUCCUUAAGAUCAAGGGCUACGGGAACAACGAGGUGGGCAUCAGCUUUACCGGUUUCAGGGAAGGCAGGGGCGCGAAGCUCAAGGACAACAAGAAUCUCCCGAGCAUAUUGACGAUCAUAAGCGACAUAAUGGAGGAGGUUCUGGACCAACGUCCCGAAUCUGAGAAAACGAAGAAGGAGAAGGAGAAGAAGGAGAGGAGUAUAGAAGGCUCGAGGGAGGCCGACGUCCAGUUCUUGAAGAACACCGAGGAGAUCGUCGACAUUAAGAGAUCGAUGAACGACGACGACAUCAUAACGAUGUUCCUCGACAAGAUCAAGUCCAACGAUUCCGACGUGGAGAACGACGACACGAGGUAUUACACUUCGGAAGACGCGUACGACGCUUUCGGAGUUCUCUUCGGGACGAAGCUGCACGACAAGCUCGACUCCAGCGGGGCGGAGUCUCUCGGCUCUGACUUUAAAGUGGAGAACGAGGGGAACGAGGCGCCGGUUCCAACCAAGGACGUAGACAUCGUGUCUUUGGAGUCUCAGAAAGUUUCCGACGAGCUGAAGGUUCCACCGACGAAGAGCCAAGUGACGUACGAUCUCGAGAAGGAGUUCUCAGGGGACCAGGAAGAGAGACAGAGAGAGAAACGCGCUAGAAACUACCUCAAGUCGUUUCUAGAAAAAUAUUCAGACAGACGUUUGAAGGAGCCCAGCGUAGAAAGUUUCGACAGCGUGGAGAACAAUAAAAUUGUCGAGGAGCGUGGAAGGGAUGCGAAAUCCACGUUGGUCGUUCGACUGCCGCGUCUGCACGACGAGGUCGUGUCGAGAAAGGUGACGAACUCGAUGAUCCAUGCGGGUAAAGCUCUCAAGAUGAAGAUGACGCAGAUGGUGCCGGGAUUUGGGCUCGUUCUGUCGUUUCUCCUUCAGAUGGCCUUGGCUCAUGCUCGCGCAGCCGCGUCAAUGGCCGGUAUGAUCAGUAACAUGGCUCUGGGAGCAGCGAUGUUUGGAAUAAUACGAGACUCCUUCUUCGGGUCGAGCAGCCAUCCAAAAAUUAAGUACGUUUACGACAACGACAAGCACGGGCCAGGAAUCUCUUGGCCUACUCAGUACGAGUCUGGCUCCCCUUACUAUUCAUAGUUAUUACGAUAAAUAUUUGACCAAUAUGGAUUUUUUAAUCAACGUCGAUGUACUUGGUAAAAAAAUUAGUAGAUGUCUUUUCACGCGUAGCGGUCCCGAUAGGCCCGUAACGAUAGGCAGAAGUGAGCGUUCGAUCGCGUGGAUUUCGGAUGUUUGGAAACACGAAAUCUGGAUUUCGGGUGCGUAGAUUUGCCUAUAAGCGAAUAUUACGCGAGUAAGAGGGUUCUAUGAUACAUAUCGAUUGCUAUGACUGCGGAUAUUCAAGCAAAUUCAUAUUUUUGAGAAUGUCGUUGAAAUUUCGAUGGAAAGUUCUUACUGUAUUUUUUUUUCAUAUUCCGUAUGUCGCAUCAAACCUUCUGUAAAUGCACUGAAAAUCCGCAGUCUAUUGAUUACGGUUACACUAUGGUAGAAUUGUAGUUAAAAUAUGUACGAAACUUGCACAACUAUUAGCACGUUGACUGCCAAUUUUUCUAUUGCCAUUGAUAUUUGAACAAGAUGAAAAUAUAAUACUACGAAAUAUUUUUCUUAUUGUAACGCAACAUCUUACAAAAAUUGAAUUUUCCAUCUUACACGCAAAACGCAUGAAUCUCGCGUGGUGGUCAAUGGGUUAACAGUUGAUAAUUUCGUUGUUCGAGGGUUCGUCGUUCGUUAACCUUAAAGGCUGAAUAACAAUGAACGUUGUAUUGGGCUAGCUUUAAUUUUCUUCCGUACGCGGCUGACGGCCGAUCGUGGUCGUCGGUUGCUCUCCCUCAGUCUUCCUACAUGAAUAACACACAUAUUUUGCAUAGACAUUUCUCACAUAGCACGGACUGCAGAGACUCAACUGUUAGUUAGGAACAAAGUUUCGACGAGUUUGCUCAAUGAAAUUCGUAUCAGCUCUUGUUCGUCUUGUGGAGGGUUUAAUGGUGGAGGGUAACACAAGUAUCUUCGUUGCGCUGUUCUCUCUUAUCGAUCUCUAUGUAAUCAAACUCAUGUGCUCAAUAAUUAAAGACGCGUAGAUGAUUAUAUAUAUAAUGUAAAAGCCUCUAGCUCGUAAGACUGUCAGCGAUUCUCGCAAUAAUAUCCCCCGUUUACGAAAGAAUAAAACACGCUUGAGAAUCCCA